AUGUUACCUCUUCGCUGGUUAUGUCUCGCCGUUGCGUUCGUAACAGGAGGCGCACAUGCCGUCACAGUCUACCAGGCCCCUCUUGGAGGGCUAACACCAACAAGCGUUGCGCCGAAUGCAGUCUACACCGGCGCUGCAGCAUACGAUCCGACGGUUCUAACUGCGCCACCGAUUCCAGAUCCAGCACCACCCACGCAGUUCGGUGUUCAGCUCUCAAACAACGCAGGGAAUGUUUCAGCAUUGACUAUCUCGCCUGGGGGUGCAUUCCUUGGUUUCUCCAUCGAGAUGUCCGUUGUCGACCAAGUCCUCGGCCUCAAUGGGUCACGUCUUCAAGUGCCGUUUUUGAACUUGAUGACGCUUGUAGCGGAACGUAGUGGCAGCGUGCACAUCCGGGUCGGCGGUAACACGCAAGAGGACGCUGCCCUGGUUCAGUCGCUCCCCCAGAACAAGAUAAUGGAGAAACAAGCUGUCAACGCCAAUGACCCGACCCAAACACCGAGUUUGCUGUACACCCCAGAGCUCCUGUACCUGCUGUCUAAUAUAUCGUCUCUCAUCGACGUGAAGUGGUACCUCGGACUCCCGCUCAACGACACGUCCAACCUGCGCCUCGCCAUUGCGGAGUACGGCGAGAGCAUUCUCGGUGGCAAUCUGCUCGGGCUGCAAGUCGGCAACGAACCGGAUCUCUAUGCAAGGCAUGGCCUUCGCCAAUCGACCUAUGGGCCCAACGACUAUUUCGGCGAGUUUGCGCAGGUCGUACAGGCCAUGCAGGCGGACUCGAACGUCAAAGUCAAUAAUAACCUUAUCGCGCCUAGUGUUGCCACUGGCGAUUGGACACCCGAAGACGUUUGGAACACGGGCUUCAUUGAUACAUAUGAGGCCAGUCUCUCGGCCUUGGCCGUCGAACACUACCCAGACGACAACUGCGCCGCUAUCUAUGGUAGCGCCUUCGGCCAACUGCGAGACCCGCAGACCGUCUUCCCCGACUACCUCAACCAUACCUCCGCCCUUUCCAUCAUUGCGCCAUACGUCAACUCUACUCAUGUAGCAAGCGCAGCAGGGAAGCCGUUCAUCAUGUUCGAGACGAAUUCGGCUAGUUGCGGUGGGUUCCCUGGGGUCAGUGACAGCUUUGGAGCAACGCUGUGGUUGGCGGACUACGCGAUGAGUAUGGCCGCAGCGGGGUUCAGCAGCGCUUUGGUCCAUGUGGGAGGGCAGGACGUAUACUAUAACCCGUUCACACCGCCGCCCACGAACCAGUCAAGCUAUCAUCAAUGGACGAUCGGGUCCACGUUCUAUGCUGUUCUCGCCAUUGCCGAAGCGCUCGGGCCGAUAUCUUCAUCCUCUACGAGUAACUUCCAAGUCAUCGACCUGGGCGCAAAUGGCGGGAAUGAGUAUACCCCUGGCUAUGCGGUGUAUGAAGGAGGCACGCUCGCACGUGCCGUGUUCAUCAACUUCAUGACGGAUCCCUCGGGCGCGAAUGAUCUGCAGGUGAACCUCCAGGUAGAGGAGGGUGUUCCCGCAAAUGUGCAGGUCAAGUACCUUCAGUCGCCGUCGGUCGGCGAACAUUUCAAUAUCACUUGGGCUGGGCAGACUUUGGGAGGCCAGUUUGCCUCCGAUGGCCGCCUCCAGGGUGCACAGACCAUCCAGACCGUGGCCUGCGACACGUCCGCCAACACAUGCAGCAUCACCGUGCCUGCACCAGGGCUCGCCCUCGUCUCCUUCGAAUCCUCGUCUUCCGCUUCCUACCCGACGCAUACCUUCGCGACCACUGCGACGGGCGCGACGUCGACGAAGGUGGACCCAAGCGUGGUGGCGACGAGCAAUGGGUCGCAAGGCGGCGGCUCGCAUGUGGGCAGCACGAGCCGCGGGAAGAGCCAGACUAGCCGAGGGACGACGGGCGUAGCACCGAGUUUGGUCAUGCUCGCGGCGAUGGUGCUCGGUGCUUGGAUGCUCGGGAGGACGUAUGCGUGGCGCUGGCCGUAG